AUGAUUCCACAAAUUGGGCAACCGGCUCCUGACUUCGAAGCAACUGCCGUGGUAAAAGGCCGUUUCAAAUCUGUGAAACUUUCCGAUUACAAGGGCAAAUACCUGAUCUUGUUUUUUUAUCCACGAGACUUCACUUUCGUGUGUCCAACGGAGAUAAUUUCCUUCAGUGAAAGUGCCGAUUUAUUCCACAAGAACGGCUGCGAAUUGCUGGCGUGCUCCACGGACAGCGAAUUUUCCCACCUGGCUUGGAUUAAAACUCCUCGAAGCGAAGGAGGGCUGGGUGAAAUGAAGAUUCCAAUUUUGGCUGAUCCAAACCACGCGAUUGCUUCCAGUUACGGCGUUUAUUGCGAAAAGCAGGGUCUUGCCUACCGUGGCUUGUUUAUAAUCGACGGCAAAGGUAUUCUGCGUCAGAUUACCAUCAACGAUUUACCGGUUGGACGAAGCGUCGAAGAAACUCUGCGUCUGCUUCAGGCAUUCAAUUAUACCGAUGAACACGGUGAAGUUUGCCCAGCGGGAUGGAAACCUGGCAAGCCAACCAUCAAACCUGGCGUUGACGAAUCGAAGGAGUAUUUUCACAUGCAAGGAUGA